AUGGCGCAAGGUGACAACAGUCCUGUCAAGAUCGUAUUGCUUGGUGAAAGUGGCGUGGGGAAGUCUUCACUGCUUCUCUCGUUCUCGUUGGGCACAUUUGAUGGCGACGUCCGCUCAACCAUAGGUAUUGAUUUCAGGACAAAGGAUGUGAGUGUGGUGGAUUCGAUGGGGAGGCAGAAGAAACUCAAACUGCACUUGUGGGACACAGCGGGUCAAGAGCGGUUCCGGACGCUCACCAGCUCCUACUACCGGGGAGCGCAUGCAGUGGUGUUGGUGUACGAUGUCAAUGAACCACAGACGUUCCAUGCACUGAGAAAGUGGAUCGAUGAAGCAGAUGCUUUCUGUCGUUUGGAUGGGGUGGAGGAGGCGGUGGUGUAUUUGCUCGUGGGAAAUAAGAUCGAUAAGUGUGAGGUGGGAGGUGGUGCUACGGGCAUGGCGGUUCCGAAGGAAGAUGCUCAGCAGUUGGCGCGGGAUCGGCAUAUGCUCCUCGCUUUUACGUCAGCAAAGACGCGUGUGGGGGUGGAGCAGGCCUUUGAUGAGGUGGCGCGAUCAGCGUACGAAAAAAUGAUGUCAAAAAGCGAAAGCCGCUACUCGGGUGUUAAUCUCAGUAAAACAAGUGACCCCACAAGCGGCGCGGUGUGCUGUUAG